AUGGGGCCACCGGUUAAUUUCGAACGCUGUCACUGGCCUGAACCUGGACUGUACACUACUCGUCGCUUAGCCUUGGGUGGAUCCACGAUACGAGUUGGAGUGGAAUUGUGUGGAAUCAAUUUUGGAGGAACGAUGUUAGGGGAGGAGGGAAAGAAGAAAGAAGAAGGAGUUGGAGGAGUGGAGAUAAAGGAGGGGAAUGGGAGGCUAGGUCUGCUUGUAGAUAAUAAAAGGUUCGCUAGGAAGGAUGAGAUAGAUGCCAAGACCGACUUGAUAAAAGCCCCCAAACGUUUCGAAUAUUCGAAUGCGACCGAUAUAUCCACCCUUCGCUUUAGAUUGACAAUCUCCUCUUUUCUAUAUAGCAAGAUGGCGUUGUCAAGAGGAAGCAUGGGUUUCUUCUUGGGCGGACUGCAACAACCAAAACUCUUCCAGAAUCUGAACAGAUGA